AUGGCUGCAAGCAGCAAACUUGGCUCACCUCGAGCCAGAGCUCCCAAUGCAAAGGGCCAGUGUACACGUACCUCACAGAAAUCAAAUUCUUCGUCACCAUCACCAGCCCCUUCAGAUACCUCAAGCCCCAAAGCGGUUUACCAAACACCAGCAAGCUCUUCCAACAAUGGCGCAUCGAGUGACGAAGAACGACCAGGCCCCAGUAAUGGAAAAUCUGGAGUCCUAGAAGGCAAAAAGCUCCAAAUUCCAGAAGACCCUGGGGUCCGCUCUACAGGUACGAACGAUCUACUCCAGUGGCUGAAAGAUGCUACCGCUGAGUCGGACAUCAGUCGUGUCUUGGAGGGCAUGUUUCAAUUAUGCAUUGGAAAGUUGAGCGAAGAGAUAAGAAUGCGCUGUCAGGCUGAAGAUCAGUUAAAACUCGUCAAUGUCACAAGAGAAGAAGAAGAAGCAUUGCGUGAGCACUCAAAGUUCAAAGCUCAUACACAGGCUUUGGAAGAACAACUGAAAAGAUCACAAGAUGAGUUGAAAAAGCUUCAAGAAACACAAGACGCACAAGCUGUUCUGUUAUCGGAGUACCAAGGCGAAUGCUCCAACAAGGAUGUGCAAGAACAGGGACGACCCCCCAAAGAUACUGGAGAUGUUCUAAACGAGCGUGAAGUAUACUUGAAGAAUAUGUGGAACGAAGCAGCAGAGCAGAGAGAGGUGGCAAUGGACCAGGCAGCCGUCUAUGAGAGAGAUAUGAAUGUUCUAAUGCAAAAAAACGAUCAGCUCGAAAUCGAGAAGGUUGAGCUUGUAGAAAGGCUUGAAAGGUCCAAGUCUAACGCCUUCACACAGAAAUUGGAUCUAGAGAGAGUUGAGAAGGAGUCGAAAUGCCAUGAAAGAGAGAAUAUUAAUCUAAAACAAGAGAACGCCGAGCUUAUGAAACAACUGGAAGUAUACAAAUCGAAGUCGGUCAAAGAGCAAGCGUCACAGAGAGAUGCAGCGACACAAACUGAGUUGGGAAUUGAGACUAUCGUUACGUCAACAGAAGGAACCUUGGACACUUUUCCGGAUCUCACAACAGGAACUAUCGGCGGCGCAGUAACACGAGAGAAUGACGAAGUAUUGGACGAGGUUCAAGUAUACGAAGAAGAAGAUCAAGAAGAUCACCCAGAAGAAGCAGAUGAGCCACACGAGCGACUCGUGGCCACUGACAACGAUGUGGCCUCUGACGGGGAUGCCGAACCAGACAAGACUGAGCAACAGGAUACAAGCGAGCAACAAAAUACGAACAAACCAUCAACUGAAGAGGAAAGAACUGUGCUGGAAGUCCAGAUCAUAUGGUAUCGGCAGCACAGCAAGAUGUCGCUCCAGCUGAAACCGUACCUGAACCCCCGGUAG